AUGGAUGACAACACACCCAUGCCAGAGAGACUAGUAGAAUUCAAGUACGAUUUCACCACCGGUGGCGGCGGCGGAGUUGGUGGUAGUACCGGUGGGUCGAGCGAGGAAGCUGGUAGCGGCAUAGGCGGGUUCGUAAAAGAGCAAGAUCGACUACUUCCAAUAGCAAACGUAGGGAGAAUCAUGAAGCAAAUUCUUCCUCCAAAUGCCAAAAUCUCCAAAGAAGCCAAAGAAACUAUGCAAGAAUGCGUGUCUGAGUUCAUCAGCUUCGUCACGGGCGAGGCGUCCGAUAAGUGCCAUAAGGAGAAGAGGAAGACCGUCAAUGGCGAUGAUAUUUGCUGUGCCUUGGCUACGCUUGGGUUCGACGAUUAUGCCGAGCCUUUGAGGAGGUAUUUGAUUAGGUAUAGAGAAAUUGAAGGGGAAAGAGCUCAACAAAAUAAGGGUUGUUGCAAUAACAAUACUCAUGAUGCAUGAAACAACAUAAUUUUAAGGAUUUGGAGCUAAAAAAAACACAACUUUCCUCUUUUAAUCUCACUUUUUUCAAUUGGGUUAUGGUUUUUAUUUGAUUUUCUCACUUGAAAACUAAUGUGUUCUUAACUUU